AUCUGUAGAAGAAAAUAUAUUAAUUCUCUUUGGGAGAAAGUUUUAUUUUAAAACACAAACAUAGAAAUAACAUUGAGCUUUUUUAAAAGUGACAGAUUUCCUAUAUUAGAUAUUUAUCACAAUUUAUAAGUUGUCUUUUUUCUUUCCAAAGUUCAUGUAACAUUUAGCUGAACUCGGAGCAAAAGUGGCUCUUUCAAUUGUAAAGGUUGAAGACCCCCAAGUACAGAAGCUGACUGUUCGUAGGUUGCUGUAUCAAAGUAUAUUAUUGGAAAGGUAAGGGGAAGGAAAAGGGUGAAAGAAAAAUAUACACAAGCAACCAGGACAGAGGAUUUUGAAGUAAAGUAAAGCCCAUUCCAGAAUAAGAUUCACAAAGGACAGACUGAGGCUGGGGACAAUUCUUCAAGAGCCAACACAUAGGUAUUUUCACUCUGUUUUUUUUGUUUUGUUUUUUCCCCAAGUCCCUACUUAAAAUUUGUGGGGUAUUGAGGAGAAAAAACUAAAAGAAUAAUCGUACUUUUUUUAUAUAAUAUUUUUAUAAACAGACGUACUUGAAUGUAAUAGCUUUUUUUUGUUUGUUUUUAUUCACUUCUUGUGGAUUUUAUUUAUGUGAAACCUUUCACAGUCCUACCAAAAUGACUUAAGUCUUUUAUAAGGAACACUCCCUAGUUAACUCUAGUAUAAAUUCAGAAAAAAUAUAGUUACCUUAAAGACAAGUGUUUUUGGAUUGUUUUCUAUCCCCAAGGCAUUCCAAACACUACUUUUAAUUGUUGCUCCUUGGCGCCACCUUUGUUGGAGGCGUGUAAACGCACUUCGGAAGUUCAGUCAAACAUGGUUGCUCUAAAGAAAACGCUAAUCGCUGCUGCUGUUGCCGCUGUAGCUGCUUUUUUCGGCUACGCAUUUCUUAAAAUACAGAGGCUGAGUCUUGCCUCCAGAGAAAUGCCUGUCAAGCACCUCAAGUGUCGUUAUUUGCCCAAUAUAGAGUAUGGAGCAGAGGAUAUCACUAUACUUAAAGAUGGACUGGCCUUUUUGAGCACAGGGCUGCAUGAUUAUCUUGAAUUGCCUUCGUUCUCCAAUGAACCAGGGAAAAUGUACGUUCUGGAUCUGCUGCACCCAAAACCGACCCCAGUGGAACUGCAAAUCAAAGGAGGACUGGACCUCAGCUCUUUCAACCCACAUGGGAUUAGUGUAUACACGAAUGAAGCAGAUGACUCUAUAUAUCUGUUCGUUGUCAAUCAUCCUCAGCAAAAAAGCCAGGUAGAGAUCUUUCGUUUUGUUGGGGAGGACACGCUUGUGCACUUAAAGACUGUUGCCCAUCCUUUGCUGUUCAGUGUGAACGACAUUGUCGCCGUUGGACCAGAGCAUUUCUAUGCGACAAAUGAUCGUUGUUUUAGUUAUACUCUUCCUUUAAUGAUAACUCUCAUCCUGAGUAUGCCCUGGUGUAACGUUGUGUACUACAGCCCUGAGGAAGUGAGGGAGGCAGCUGGUGGCAUUCAGUCUGGAAAUGGGAUAAAUAUAUCUCCAGACAAAAGGUAUAUUUAUGUUUCUGAUAUUCUGGAUCAUGAGGUGGAUGUUUUUGAGCGAUUAGAUGGAGAACGGUUGGUGUACAUUAAGUCUGUUCCAGUUGGAACACUUUGCGAUAAUGUCGAGGUGGACCACAUGACAGGUGACGUCUGGCUGGGCUGUCAUCCGGAUGCCACCAAAUUGUCCAAAUUUGAUCCUAAAGAUCCUCCUGGCUCAGAGAUCAUCAAGAUCAAGAACAUUGUCUCAGAUCAGCCAGUGGUAACUCUGGAGUAUGGAGACGAUGGUCAUGAGCUGAUGGGCUCCACCGUUGCUGCACCCUACGAGGGAAAGCUGCUCAUCGGGACAAUCUUUCACAAAGCCCUGUACUGUGAUUUGAAAUAAACUGGCCACUAUUUAUCCAAAAACACAAUUUGCUUAUCUCUCUUGUACAAUAAAACUAUCUUGGUUUGUCAUAGAAGAAGAUUAUGAGAAAACAGAAUAACCUUUUUUCCUGCUAUUUACACUUGGAUCUGCUACGCAUCUAAAAAUAUUUUUUUUUAGAUGCAGUAGUCAAAAAUGUAGGAAUAUUUAGACUUAAAAUAAACGGAUAUGAAUGAUAAAUACAGUUCUGCUGUUUUGUUUGCACACACUCAACAUGGAAACAUUGUAUAACGCAAUGUCAGUGAAUUUUAAAAGCAAGAAUUGGAAGCUUUGUAUUUAUUGUGGAUUUUCUCGUUAGCCCCUACAGGGUAGCAGUUAUGCAUAAUGACUCAAAUAUAAACAUCAGGUUUUUUUUACGCAGUCUGGAAAUGUUUACUUUCAAUUAAUCAAUCAACAAAACUUCACUAUAAUCAUUUAUUGUUUUCAUACCUACCAAAAUCAACACAGAAAGCACAUUUACUGAAAAGGGUCUUAUCAGGGCCAGGUUAUUAUGUCUCUUAUUUUAACCAAUAUAUUUUAAAUUGCACUUCAUCAAAUCCUCUGGGCUGGAUAAAGUGGGUUAGGCCUAUACAUAUAUAGGCCAGUUACUAUUUAUUAGACAUCAUGGCUCUUCCCAACUCAUUUUCCAUUUCAUUUCAAAGAUAUAAUAUAAUAUAAUAAAUUGUUACAAUGGUUCUUUUUAGUACAUUUGUUUGCUUUGUUAAUUUUUUGUGUUAAAUAAAAAAUCUAAAGUUUAAUUAAAAUAUUAGUGUACCUGCUUUCACAACAAAACAACUAUAUGAAAUUUGGCAAUACAAAGCCGUCAUAAAUUCAAGUUUAUUUUUAAAAAUGGGACAAUACGUAUUAAUGAACAUUUACAAUACAUGAGAUUAUAGUCACUAACUUCCAUCUCUGGUCUUGUUGACAAGUUGAUGUUAAAGCACAUAAUAAAUACAGCAAUAAAAACCACAAAAUAGCGUUACGAAAUGAAAAAUGUAUUACACAAUCUUGAAAUCCAUACAUCGUUGCAUAUAAUCAAUGCUGACAUUGAUUAUAUGCAACUGAGCCAGAUGGUUAGAUGUUUUUCUAACCAUCUAAACAUUGAAUGCGAAAAGAUUUCUAAACAUUUAAAAUAUUCUGAUUUGCCAAGUUUAAGCUAAAAUAGGAGGCUACAGAUGGAAAA